AGCUGACGUGGAUCAAGCCCUGCAGUGCUCCAGAGGAAUUGCGCCAUGGGUGAUUGCUGCGAAAUUCACCAAGAAGAGCCGCCCAAGCAGAAGAAGGAGAAAAUCGAGAAGAAGCCGCGCGAAGAGGAGAGGAAGGAGUCGAGCAAGAAGCAAGACCAGAACAGAAUCAAUGCCCUCCAGAUGCUGGAGACUAUCCCUGCAGGUGACUGGACCCGUGCCGUGGAGGUUGCCUCCACUUUGGAGCAGCGAGGAAGUGAUCGGGAGCUGUGCCGCUCUGCAGCCAAGGCGGCGGAGAGGAUUUGCUGCCAGGAGAGGGGUCUGGAUGCUUUGACCGAGCAAGGCGCCGUCCAAAGCUUGCUGCAAGCGUGGCAGACGCAUCGCAACGACACCUCCAUGUCAGUGCACACGCACAACGUUGUGGCGCGUUUCUGGGAGCGCGCCAGCGGGGACGACCAAUGGAUUUGUCUUCCAGCGCAGCUGGGCGUGGCCAAGGUGCUGCUCUCCGCGCAGAGCGAGUGGCUGGCAGAGGGGCAUCGCACUGCAGUGAAGCUGCAUGAGAAGGGCCAUAAGACGGCAGCGAUGGAGUUGUAUCGCCUGUGCAUCGAACAGCUCACCAAAGAGCACGGAGCCGACAGCCAGUGUACACUGCAAGCCCAGAACAAUUUAGCGGUCCUCUUGGAGGAAUGCCAGCAGUUCCAAGAGGCGGAGAAGCUUCACACCGAAGUUUGCAAGCAGAUGGAGGCGAAGUUCGGCGCAGAGCAUGGAGAUGUGACAUCCUCAAAGUUCAACCUCGCUGCGCUGAAGGCGAAGCUGGGGCAUCUGGCGGAGAGCGAGUCCAUCUACAGACAGGUCUUGGAGGUCAGGGAGCGCACCCUGGGCCCGCAGCAUUCCAACACAUUGCGUGCCAAAGCCAACUUGGCAGACAUCAUCCGAAGGCAGAAUCGGCUUGAGGAGGCCGAGGGCAUGUUGAAGAACUUGGUGGAUCAAGCUCACGUCUCCUUUGGCCGUGACGACCCCACCACACUGAAGGCGCGGUGCCAGCUGGCCCACGUCCUGGCGGGCCUGGGCGACGAGGCCCGGAAUCGACAGGCAGAGGCGCAGCUCCGGGAAGUGGUGUCCCGACGCGAGCAGAAGCUGGGGCCCAGCCACCCUGAAACGCUCACCGCCCUGGGCCGUUUGGCCUUCGUGUUGGAGGGCAGCAACCCACGUGAAGCGGAGCAGCUCAACGAACAGAUCUGGCAGCGUUUGGACUCCUUGGCGCCAGCGGAAAAGCGCCGGGCCCGAGCCCGGUCAGGAGGCUUCGUGCUGGGCCUCGCGGAGCUGGGGGAGCCUGAGAGGGAGGAGGCUCUUCUGCGACAAGUAGUGGAGCGACGCAGCGCCACUUUGGGCGCUACGCACCCGGACACGCUGGCAGCGCGAGCCGAGCUGGCGGCGGUGCUGUCCCGCAAGGACGGGGAGGAGGCGAAGGCAGAGAGCCUGGCCUUGCGCCGAGAGGUGGCCAACCUCAGCGAGACCUGCCUGGGCCUGGAGCAUGUGGAGACCUUGGCUGCCAAGGCUGCGCUGGCAGGAGCCAUCCUCCGGUCUCUGGGGCCUGAUGCCAACCCAGUGGACGUCAAGGCAGCGAAGGCCGAAGCCGAGGAGCUACAUUUGAAGGCUACUGGCCGCUUCAAGGCUGCGCAGGCAGCUGUGCCACUACCCUGCGCCACGGCCAUGCCAAUCUCGCCGCAGUCACCCAGCUACCCGCAAGCGCUGUCACCCACUGGCAGCAAGAUCGCAGCUGCCCCAAGAAUUUGAUGAGUCAGCCUGGGAGCUCGGCGGCAAAAUGCCGUCUCCCCUCGUUUGUUGGUUCACGUGCUCAGCACUUGACCGCUGCUGAUGUUCCAGGGAAAGGGCUAGGGGGCCAGAAAGCUACCCCAGGACGACCCUGGAUCAAUGCCUCUCACUUUCCCAGCCUGAAUCCCAGUCUGUCUCCUUUGAGACUCAGCUGGGAUCCAUGCCAGUGUACAUGUAGCAAUGCGCCUGCGCAUGACAACA